AUGUGGAUGCAACGCGGGAAUUGCCCGCACAUGGUGGAGUCCACGGCCCUGCUCGCGGCGGCGGAACUAGGGGAUGAAGAGACGGUGAUGAGGGAGGCGGACGGUCGAAAGGUCACUUCGGCGGCGUAUGCUGCGCGCGCAGCGUACGCGGCUGCGUUCAGCCGCUUUGUGACGGGAUUGUUAGACGGACAGCAGGACAAACUGCGGAAGCAAAGUAUGUACAGCCUGGCCAAGACGAUCAAUCUCCCUGCUACGUUUGUCGAGCUACGGCAUCAGAGCACGCACGAGCAGCUGCCCUCGCUGGCGAAGCUGAGAAACGCCGCUGGCAAGGCACUGGUCUGGAUCUACGAGUACUACUGGCAGCAUCUCGGCGAAGAGCUGACCUGCGAGGCCGCUGUUACGGACUGUCUGAAGAGCGGAAAGAGUCUUGAGGUCCUGUUACCCAAAUGGUCGUGGGAGCAUGUGCGCGUGGCGCUGGCGAGUGUCAAGAAGAAAGCCGUGGGGAACCAAGCCUAUCUGAAAUGCUUGAAGCUGGAGGAAGAUCUCGCCAGGGAAGAAACACCUGUCGUGGGCUCCAGUUCCUCCACAACGCAGCGCGAUGCAGUGGAAGCUGGCAACGCUGCUGAGCCUGACGAUGCGAGACCCGCGUGGUCCAUGUAUCAAGGCACAUGGAAACCGAAACCCAUAGGGACGAUCUGA